CAACCGCUUUUCUUUCACCACUCUUCAUUCUUGCCAAUUCGAUUUCGACCCAGUGGAGGAUUUUUUUUUCGUGUUUUGCUUUUUUCUUGUUACUGUGCUCUCUCUCUCUCUCUCUGUGUAGCUAGCUGGCAUGGCUUUUUUCUUCGCGGCUUGUUUCUUUCGUUUGCCUCUUUCCUCUCUCCCUGUCCAGUUGCUACCAAUAAUACGCCAAAGGACAACUCCUCUUGUUGCCUCGAUUUCACUUUUUCCCCUUAGCGCUUAAUUCCUAGGAGAAUGGGCAAGAAGGUUUGUCAUGGGACACACUUAAUUAUAUUAAAGAGCUUGUGCAGAAUGGCAAUGCGGCAUUUAGAGAGAACAGAAUGGAAGAGGCAAUCAACUUUUACUCAAGAGCCAAUAACAUCAAAUCAGGUGAUCCAAUCAUCCUCAGCAAUCGAAGUGCAGCUUAUAUUAGGAUUAGCCAAUAUUUCAUGCACAGAACACCAUCAUCUUCAGAACGUAGGCCAUUGAGUGGACUUGAACCCACAACACUUGCUGAAUUGGGUUUGAAGGAUGCUGAGAAGCUUGUUGAACUCCAAAGUAAUUCAGCAAAAUCCUAUCUUUUAAAGGCCAAUGCUCUUCUCCUGUUAGAGAAAUAUGAGAAAGCCCGGGAAGUUAUUCUUUCAGGCCUUCAAGUUGAUCCUUUUAGUAAUUCUCUCCGGGCUUCUCUUCAAAAUUUGGAAAGACUGUCAUCUAGUUCACUUCAGGCUCCUCUUCAAAAUUUGGAAAGACUGUCAUCUAGUUCACCGGGGAUGAGUACACAUGGACAACCAGAGCGUAAUGAUGAUUUUGACUGCACUCUCUGCCUGAAGUUACUGUAUGAACCUGUUACAACCCCUUGUGGACAUUCUUUUUGCCGUUCAUGCCUAUUUCAGUCAAUGGAUCGUGGAAACAGAUGCCCAUUGUGCAGGACAGUUCUGUUUAUUAGUCCCAGAACAUGUUCCAUCAGCGUGACAUUGAAGAACAUCAUACAAAAGAAUUUUCCUGAGGAAUAUGCUGAAAGGAAGCAAGAGCAUGACGGUUUAAUAAAUGCUGGUGUAGAUUUACUCCCUCUUUUUGUCAUGGAUGUUGUCAUACCGUGUCAGAGAUUUCCACUCAAUAUAUUUGAACCUCGGUAUAGACUCAUGGUAAGAAGAAUAAUGGAAGGCAAUCAUCGGAUGGGAAUGGCUAUACUUGAUUCAACAGGUUCCUUAGCUGAAUUUGCCUGUGAAGUGGAAAUCACAGAGUGUGAGCCACUUCCAGAUGGGCGUUUUUAUAUAGAGAUUGAAAGUCGCAGGAGAUUUCGCAUCAUUCGUUCUUGGGAUCAGGAUGGGUAUCGUGUUGCAGAAGUUGAAUGGAUACAGGAUAUUAUGCCACCAGAAGGGACAAGAGAAAGAGAGAUUUUACAAGAAUUGACGUAUAAUGCAGCUGAAAGUGCUCGAUCAUGGAUAGGAAGAGCUAAAGAAGCAGCAAGACAUGAUCAAAGAAAACUGGAGAGACUCGCCAGUGUUGAAGCAAUGAUGCCCUCACUAAAAGACCCUGAGCGCUUUAGUUUUUGGCUGACUACCCUCUCCAAUCGGAGGCCCUCGGAAAGAUUGGAUCUGCUACGCAUAAGAGAUACCCCCGAGAGAAUUAGACGAGGCCUGAUAUUUCUCCGACAGGAGGAACAAGGUUGCAGGAUUCAGUAAGACAAACUGAGGAGAGCUACCAUUAUUAUUGCCAUUGAAUAUUUGUUUAUUGUAAAUGAAUAUUUGUUUAUUGCAAAUUCAUUUACAAGUCACUCAAUAGUCAAUAUUCUUCGGCCUCAUUUUUAACUGUUACUUCUCUAUUAUUAUAAUACAUUUUUUCUAAUUAUAA